UGUGUUUAUGUUAUUCUUUUUGUAUUUAUUUGCAGAAUUCCUCGUCUGCCUUGCUCUUGAAAGUGACAGUCUUCGUCAAACAUGAUUUUCUUUAUCCCAUGAGAUUUUUGCAUGACACUAUAUUGCGUCUAACCGCGGCAAUGCUUGCUGAGAUCUGAAUGAAGACCCUCUCCAGGCCACCGGACCAGAAACCGGUGAAAAUAGAGCAAUGAUAUGGAUAUGUCGGAAGCUGACCCAUAUGAGCACCAGCUCCGAGCAUUGUUUGAAAGCUUCGAUAGUGACAAUUUGGGAAGUCUCAACCACAGAGGUCUUCAGCAGCUGUGUGAGCAGUUGCCCUUAGAUCAGUCUCAAUCUGCGGACCUCAUAAGUGCUCUCCUACCCGAUGACCUGUCUCGUAUCAGUUUUACCCAAUUCUGGAGUGGUCUACUUACACUUCUGGGUGGGGAAAGAAGUUCACCUGCUGUGCAUGGAACAUCAGAAAAAGUAAAUGAUAAAGAGACACCGACUGAAAGAGAGGAAUCCCCAGAACGGGAAGUUUCUCCAAAACUGGUGCUUGGUCAGAAGAAAUAUGGUAGACGGUCUCGCCCUGAAAGUUCAGAACUUGAGUUUGAUCCAUUGGAAUCGGAUCCUCUUAGAGCUGCUAAUGCAGAAAAGAAUAACUCAACCGCUACAACAAGCACAGAAGAUGAAGGUGAAGAUCAAGAUAUAGUCAGUAAUGUAAAGAAGAGGCGCACUGCUGAAAACCUUGCCAACUAUCCUAAAGACUCCCAGAGUGCAUCACUGCAUGGCUUCAGUUCAACCAACUUACAAGGUAGUCUCAGCCAAGCGGAAGACUGUUUGAAGGUAGCUUGGCAACAAUACGGCAAGAAUGGCUUUGUGAGUCAAUUAGAACUUGGGCAAGUUUGUCAGUGCAUUGGUAUUGAGAAAUUUUCUAGUGAGGCACUCCAGCAACUUUUUGAACAACUUGACUCUGAUAGAGAUGGUAAAGUCAGCCUGGAUGACUUUCUUCUCUUAUUUCGAUCUGGUAUGCCUUGCACAACAAUGACUCAAUCUUCGCCUCAAGGAACUUGGGUUCUUGGGUCAAGUUCGCUAAGUGGUGGUGCCAGCUUGAGUCUUACCGAACUCAAUGGUGCAGGAAUGGCCAGUGCUGAUGCAAUAACUGAAAUGUGGGAGAGUGUUGGUGUAUCAAACCCAUCUCUUUUACUUCGAGAUUUGAAUCUGGAUGACUCUCUAAGAUCUCUGAAUGUGGCCUCUGUUGCUUGUGCCAUUGAGGAGGAAGUUGCGAGGCAAGGAAAGUCCAAUGCAGUGUCUGAUGACUCAGCACUGCCUUUGAACCAAGGAUCUGGUCUAUUUGCCAAUAACUUAUUACUGGCUGCUCUAACUUUGAGGCAAGCAGAAGUGAGGUGGAUUCGUUCCUCAUUGGAGCAAAUGUCUUGUGAAAGAGAUAAACUAAGGAAUGAUUUAGCAGAAGCAAAUUUCCGGGCAAGCUUGUUGGCACAGGAAAUUGAUGACCACCAUUCAAAGCUAGAAAAAGUUAGUCAGAAUCAAUUCAAGUUGUUGGAACAGAAGCAUUCAGAAGUUAUUCGUGAUCUCACUGCAAGAUUCAGUCUCGAGCGAGAGCAGCUAGCACAACAAAUCAACCGUCUUGAGCACAAAGUCACAGUUUUGCAACAGUCAGAAUCGAGACUGUCUUCUGAAGCAGCGUCAUUGCGGCAAGAAAAUGAAGCAUUAGAUCAGGAAUCACGAAGUCUUGCUGAGCGAGUCGCUGAAUGUGAAGAAGCCAAAUUACAAAUGGGUAAAGAGCUGCAAGAGAUUGAACACUUACAACAGCGGCUGAAUGAACUGCAAGCAAACCAAGAUGAAGAUCGUGUAGAACACUUGUGUGAACAAAUAAGUAAACUGAGAUCAGAAAACUCAAGUUUGAGGGACAGAAAUGAUGAGCUUACUGUGGAGCUUGAAAGCCUGACAACUCGCCUCUCUAAUGUCAGAGUAAGGAGACAAGCACCAACACCUGUUGAUGGUAAUCUCUCUGGUGGGACCAAGCGAAGAGGAAACUCUCCACUUGCUGUAGCUCCGGCUGAUGACAGCGGGGAUGAGGAGAGCCCAAGAGUAGGAAAAGUUCGGAGGUUUUCUCAGAAAGUAGAGAUUUCCCUCGACAAUGUCCAUAUUGAAGGUCUUCAAAUUCAUCCUCUUGCACCAAGUGAACCUGGCAUUGAAGCUGACCUAGACUUGGAUGGCCCUGGAAAUCACUUUGGCAGUGCCAUUGAUAAUCUUCCAGGAAAUAUUCAUCUGGAGACAGAUCAGUGGCUCAAUCUGAAAAGUGAAAGUUCCAGCCUGGCAGGCAGUCAGGAUGACCUAAUUCAUUUGGCCAAGGGGGCUGAUGAGGUCCACAUAGUACGCCUGCAAGCGCGCAUCAAGGAACUGGAGAGAGCCCUCCACCUUCAGACCAGCAGUUCUGUGGGUAGCCUAGGCACAAAGCAUUCUGACUUACAAACUUUAAAGGAGAUAGAGGCUGAUUCUCUGUUGUAUUUAAGACAUGAGGAAACUCCAACGACUAGUUUGAAAGUGCAUACUCCUACCUGUGAUGAAGGUUUAUCUCAGUUCCAAGCCACAGCCUCAUUACCUGGUGUAGAAGCUCCAUCUGUCGAUAACCCAGCAGUUGAACAGCUCCAGCAACACUGUAGAGUUUUGGAAACACAGCUGGAUAAUGUUAAGGUUGAAAUUGUGAAGAUACUUUCUGAAAAACGAGCUUGCUCUGAAGAAAAUUGUGUAUUGAAGAAGAGGGUCUUUGAUCUUAGUAAUCAGUUACCAGCUGCUGGCUGUGAAACACAUCCUUCUGCAGCUGGUCUCUCUGAAGUAGAUCUUAGCUCUUCAUGUACUGUAACUGAAGUGCACUCGUCCUUUGAUGAAAGCCACAAAUCCACCAAAGUAGACCAAUGUGUUGGCACCAAUAAUGAGGAUGUGAGCUAUUGCACUGGCCUCAUGGAGGAGUGCAGUAAAAAUGCUGCACUUUUGCAAGUAAAAGAACUGGAAAUCACAACAUUAAGAAGCCGUUGCAGUGAUCUUGAAAAGAGUCUGUCAAUGAUGCGGGAUGAGUACGAACGUUGUGAAGACUAUUGGGCAGGCAAAUUAGACGAGGAAAGGCAACUCGCAGAGCAAGAGCAACAGAUUACUGAUGAGAAGUUCUCAGAAUUAAUGUCUAAAAUCAGAGAAUAUGAGGACCUCUUUGCGGAUGACCACAUGCGCAGGACAAACAAAUCUAUGGAUGGGCGGCUGGAGACUAUUGAGGAACAAGAUGGUUUAGAAAAGCAGGUAACUCUGCUUGAAGAAGAACUUGAGGAAGUCCGCUGCCAAGGGGAGACUAAGUUGGUGGAGAAGGAAAUUGAGUUACAGAAACUGAGGGACCAGCUGCAUCAGUUACAGCUCUGCCACUUGCCUCAAACUGUUUGUAGUUCAGAAAUAGCAGUUCAAGUUUCUGAUCUAGAGACUAGAAGUUGGGGUAGUGACCGAACAUUCAUUGUCAAACCUCGUGUUGUUGAAAAGGAUGCUCCUGUGAUGUCUGUUCUGAAUGGUAACACAACAGACAAUGUGCUGUCAUCAACAGCAUCCUCACUGUCAUCCAGUGACUCGUCUGGUUGCAGUGAGGAGGAUGCAAGACGCAAUCGAAACCAUCAGCCCCAUGGACGCCACCGCAGAAUGAGGCACCAUCCACCCUAUAUUGCUUUAAACUGUUUGAAUCCUGAGGAUGAACUGCAAGCUGUGGGGCUACGUUUGCGUGAGCAGGAGCAAACUUGUGUAAGACUACAACGAGCUCUUCGAGGACAGCAGCAGCAAACUCAGGCACUACUGCAGCAUACUUGGGAUCGCCACAAGCAAGAAAUGGCAGAUAUUCAAUUUUUAUUGCAAUGCACUCAGGAUAAAUUAGAGCAGCAGGGGGACAUUUGCAGAGAUCAGAUGAGUCGGUUGACAAAAUCCGAUGUUCUGGUAAAAGAGUUGUAUGUGGAGAAUGCACACCUGCUGGCUUCCAUUCAAAGCCUUGAAGAACGCUGUCUUUUGCUUUUACAACAAAAGGCUAUGAUUGGCAGUGGUGAAAACUGCAGCUCAGUGUGAGACCAAAUAGUGUUUGCCGACGGUUAAUUAAUUUUCUUGUUCAAUAUCAUGUGGACAGGGUAUAAUUGACAUUUAUUGCUCAUUUUAUCUAGUAGCCCUUGCAGAUAAUACAAAUGUUUUGAUCAUAGUGAUUGUGCCCAUACCUGCCAGAAAAGCAGGCUUUUAGUGUGAAUGUUUGCUUAUUUCACAGAAGAAUGUGAAAUUAUCAGCAAUAAGAGUUAUCAUUUUAAAAAUGGUUUUAUCUAGAGUCCAAUUUCUGCACUAGCUCUUCCUCUUUUAAAGCAAAUUUCUGUACUGGCUCUCACUGACAUAGUCGUGUUUUCUGCUGUGUAGAACAAGGUUGUGUUUAUAACAUAUUUAUCAAUAUUUUAAUUAUGUGUAUGAGAGCAGUUAUGAGUUUUCUUGUUUUAGACUUUUGUCUGCUUGUAUAUCAAAGAUUUUUGUGAUGCAAGGAUUUUACAAGUUUAUAUACUUUGACUGAUACUUUGAAAAAGAAUCUCUUUCUAUUACUUUUGGAAUCAAAGUGUAUUUAUUGGAGGAUAUGUCUAUUGCGUAUUCUCUCCUUGACUGUUUACGAAUUUUUAUGUUAAUUUGACAAAUACCAAAGAUUGCCUAGAUUUGGUUUGCUUUAAUAUCCAUGUUUUUGUGCAUGACAGCUUUUAUAUGUAACAAACCUAUGGGUUUUUAUGUAGUUAGGGCAGGCAUUAAUAUCUCUUAUGUUGAUGUAGAGAGAGAGGGAGAGAGAUGGAAUCUUAUCAUUCCAACUACUGCGCCUUGUUUGUUGAGCCUCUUGAGUGCCUUUAUCUAGUUAUUUUGCAGGAGACUUGGUUGGGUGAUGCCUUGGUUAUUGAUAUAUAACUUACUUAGGUUGUUUUCUGCCCUGACAGAGAUCUUUUUUUUUUCAAAUGAUCAGAUACUAAAAUGCUAGCUUUCUAUUUUCAUAAUAUUUCUACUUGCACUUCUCUUUGUUGUCUUUCAAAUGAUGAGAUACCAAAAUGCUAGCUUUCUAUUUUCAUAAUUUUCCUACUUGCACUUCCCUUUGUUGUUUUGAUAUUUCUUUAUAUCUUGACUUCUCUUGGAGAUGCCAUUGUUGCUGUUAUACAAAAAAUAAAAAAAUGUGUUAUAAAUUUUGAAA